AUCAUUUUGUUUUUGUUAACAUUUUUUUGUUCAAAGUGACGUUUUAAUUAGAUGUGACGACAACAUAUCUAAAUGAUAGAACAACAACAAAAACUUUACUAUAAUAAAAACAACAAGGGAAUAGCUGCGACAACAAUAACAUUAAACAAAUAAUAAAUACCGGCAAAAUUAGAAAAAAGUGUACAACAACAAAAGCUUUAAAUAAAAUCACCGCAAUAUGUUAGAAAUUGAUAAGAUUUUAGAAAAAUGUGGCGAUUGUCAUCGUUUGCAGGCCUUGAUGUUGUUGUUAUUUUGUGUCAUUAAUUUGCUAUCGUCGAUGCAUUAUUACUCACAGACAAUCAUCAGUUUUACACCGAAAUAUUGGUGUGCUACAGAUACCACAGAAAAUGAGACUUUAACAAACACAACUCCCAUAACAUCGUCAUGUUUGCCCAUAGAUAAUUCCAAUACAAACUCCUGCACCAGCUACGAUUAUGAAUUGUAUAUGGGUUAUGAAAGUUUCACCAGUGAAUUAGAUUGGAUCUGUGAUAAUGCCUGGAAAUUAACAUUGGGUCAAAGUAUGUUUUUUGUGGGAUCGGUAGUGGGUUCUUUAGUAUUUGGUAUCUUGGCCGACAUAGUGGGUCGCUUACCCAUUCUGAUAGUGGCUAAUAUGGUGGCCAUGAUGGGUAAUAUUUUGACUAUAUUCGGUACCGAAUUGAUAACUUUCUCUCUAUUUCGGUUUUUAUCGGGCUUGGCCACCGAUAGUAAUUUUGUAAUGAUGUAUAUAUUGGUUAUGGAAUAUCUAAGACCCUCAUUGCGCACUGUGGGCCUUAGUAUUUGUAUUGGUUUCUUUUAUUGCCUAGGCUCUAUGGCGGCACCCUGGAUAGCAGUGUUAAUGCAAAGUUGGCGUGGUUUUCUAAUAGCCACCUCUAUACCUCUGAUCACAGUGCCUCUCUUCUACUUUGUAGUGCCCGAAAGUGUUCAAUGGCUGAUAUCAAAACAGAAAUAUGACAAAGCUGUAGAGUGUUUGAAAAGAGUGGCUAAGAUAAAUGGCAAAGUUGUGGAUGAAUCAAGUUAUAGGGAAUUCAUUGAAGAAUGUAAACGCAACCAGUUGCAUACAAAAGUUGCGCCCAAUUUAUGGGGACUGUUUGCCACACCACGUCUAAGGCGCAAUACAUUGAUAUUGUUUUUCAAAUCAAUGGUAAUUACGUUAUGCUACGAUGCAGUUUCACGUAAUGUACAAGGUCUUGGCAUUUCCCCAUUUGUCAUGUUUACUUUGAGUGCCACAAGCAUAUUGCCAGCUUGUUUGCUUCUAAUUGCUUUGCAAGAUCGUAUCGGUCGCAAAGCCAUGGCAUCAAUGUCUUUGCUACUGAGUGGCAUAUUUAUAUCAUGCACUGGAAUUAUACUCUUUGCAAAUGUGGAAAGUUCAACGGAUCAAAGUGUUGCUGUCGUGGUGGCUCUCUCGGUUAUAGGUCGUUUUGGUGUGACGGUGGCCUAUAAUUCUGGCGCCCAGUACGCCACUGAAUUAAUACCCACUUGUGUGCGUGGCCAGGGUGUGGCAGCUGUACAUGUCAUGGGUUAUGCUUUUACAUUUUUCAGUUCCUAUAUUCUUCAUACACGCCAAUAUUUUUCUCCUUUACCCGAAAUUAUUUUGGGUUUAAUUUCUCUUUUAGGUGGCGGUUUAUGUUUGCUGCUACCCGAAACCUUAAAUCGAACUCUACCUACUUCCUUGGAGGAUGGCGAGAAUUUUGGCAAAAAUGAACGUUGGUUUAUGUUUAGUUUUAUGGAAAGACGCUCCCAAUCUGUGGAUACUUUAGCUACCUCCACCUCUACAAAUUUACAUGCAGAUAGUGCUUCUUAUUUCUAAAAUUCUUGUAUUAUCUAUUUUUUGUAUUUUUAAUUUUUAAGGUUUUAAGGUAAUUUUGCAUUUGGAGUAACAUAUUUUUUUUUAAAUAGUUCCUUGUUUUCCAUGUGAUUUCUAUACAUUUUACCAAAGAAAUAAAUUAACAUGUAAU